AUGAACGAGGAGUUGAAUGAUAUGGUCAGUGGGCUUGAAAAGGGGACCCAGGUUGGAUGCCGAAGCAAUGGCUUGGAAGGAAGCAGCUGGUUAAGAACUCUGGAACCAGGAUACUUGGUUAAAAAUCCCAGCUUUGGCCUGUGCCAUGCAUAUAACCCUAGGAGCGCGCUGGAGGAGGCAACAGACGUCUCUACUGGCCCAGAGACUCCAACCACCGCAGGCAGGAACUUCCCGGGCUCCUCACCCAGCUUAGCUGAGCUUUGGUCUCCAGCCUCGAGUCCCGCAGACGGCUUCCCCGUGGGAGGCAUGAGCACCAACGUACACCAGGAGGGCCCCGCCCAUAGCCGGCUGCUGGAAGACAUCAGGCGGCGGCUGGUGCGCGCCUUCCAGCGGGUGGCGCCCCGCGAGGGCUCCAGGCGGGCGCGGGAAGCAGCAGCGACAGCGGCGACGGCGGCUGCGGCAGCGGCGGCCGCGGAGGCGCAGGAGGAGCAGGGCCGGGCGCGCGUGGAGAGCGCCCUAGCCGGGCUGCGCGCGGAACUGCUGGAAAUGCAUUUCCAAAACCGCCAGCUGGCCAGAAUGUUACUGGAUUUAAACAUGAAAAUGCAGCAAUUGAAAAAAGAGUAUGAACUAGAGAUUGCAUCAGAAUCUCAAAGCCUGGAAGAUAAUGCUGUGAACCUGGAAUAAGGAAAUGCCCAUUUGAAGAUCUGAACUCUAAAAAUAAUAUAGACAACUCUGACAGUAAAACUUUGGAUGCUUUGCAUGCCAAAAAUUUAGAGGCUGUGGGGAAGUGACAGGAAACAUAUAAGAAAGGGAAGAGAGAAAAUGGUGUGUAAUCAAGUUUUAAAUUUAUUCAUUGCUUUGCCUGGGAAAUAGGUGUUAUAAAAAAAAUGUAUUGAAUGGUGCCUUCACUCCAAUUUUCAGCAUUCUAUGACACCAGCUUUACUU